UGCUGACGGCAGGGAGGGGUAGUUUUGCAUCCUUCCUGUUUCAAUAAGCACCAACGUAACUGCCUCCUAUUUAUCUCCAUAGCGGGCAGUCGCUUCCCUAGCUUCCUGUCCACCUUUUUCCCAUCAUGAACAUCCACUGCCCCAUUUCCUUUCCAAUCCGACACAAUGGCUGGCCUCGCGGAGCCAUCAGAAGAUGUCGACGCCGACCCUCUCGACUACUUGCGGCAGCGUGCCCGCCCCGGCGCCCAAGGCCAACGCCUCUACCCAGGAGCGAAUGCAGGAGCUCCAGAAAUGGCUCCAACCCACCGACUAUCUCUCCCCCGGAGGCGAGUUCAUGAAGCACCUGCACUCAUAUGUCCAAGGCACCGGCGACUGCAUCCGCGAGUCGCUUGACUUCCGUGAAUGGAUCGAUCCCGCGGGCGCUCCCAAGGGCUGUCUUCACGUCCGGGGAGUCGCAGGGAGUGGCAAGUCUGUCUUCGCCGCCAGCACUAUCCGGCAGCUACAGAAUUCACAUCCGGGGGCACCCAUGCUCUUCUUCUUUUUCCGCCAAAUCGUCGAGAAGAACCACAACGCCAAGUACCUGGUGCGCGACUACGCCUCCCAGCUGCUGCCGCACAGCACAGUCCUAUUUUCUGCGCUCGACGCCCUGGCGCACAGCACAGGGGUUGACGGUGUCGAGACGAGCUCUUUGUGGGACGCGCUGGUGAAGGCCAUCUCGCACAUGGACUCUAUUUUCUGCAUUGCCGACGCCUUGGAUGAGAUGGACGACGAGUGCUUCGGCUUUAUCACCCGCCUUACCGAGCUUGGCACCAUCAAGCCUGCCAGUGUCAAAGUUCUGCUCACGAGCAGACCUGUGCCCAAGAUCGAGGAAGCCCUCCGCAGUCCGUACAUCUUGCGCCUGAGGCUCGAUCCGAUGAUGCUGUACCCCGACGUAGCGCGCUAUGUUGAGACUAGGCUGUCGGCCCUGUCUCCGCGCCUCAGCACAAAAGUCGAGGAGCUGACCAAGAAUACUAUUUGUGAACGCGCUCAAGGCCUGUUCCUACACGGGCGCCUUACUACCGACAACCUGACGGAGGGCCUACGCGACGGCCGAAUCACCGAAGUCACGCUACCCGACAGCCUCGAGGCUCUCCCUCGAAGCCUCCGCGAACUGUACGAGGGCAUGCUUAGCGAGAACGCGCGGCGGAGUGGCGUAUCGACGCAGCAACAGGCCCGUAUCCUCUCAUGCGUCACCCACUCCACCCGACCCUUGCGCCUGAUUGAGCUUGGCAGCCUGGCAGCCCAUAUGACACCCGGGACCGACCUGCGCCGGGGCAAGGAGAUUGUGCGUGCCAGCUGCGGCCAGCUGCUCGAGGUGCUCGAAGACGAGAGCAUGAGCGUUAUCCACCAUUCCUUCACCGAAUUCCUCAACGACUCUGCGCGAGCUGCCACCGAGGGGGCCUUUCCUGUUCUCGAUGCCGACGCAGCGCAUUCCAUGCCGGCGACCGUCUUGCUGGAGUACAUGAGCGGGUGUUCCUUGCUCAGCACGGACUAUCAGGAUGGGGACAGGGGUAGCUGCGACAGCUGGCACCGGCAUGGAUACACCGACGAAGAGGGGAGCAAACGGGAGCAAGUCAUCGAGGACGCAGGAGUCGACCAUCCACUGCUUGGCUAUGCUCUGGGAAAUUUCGUCCACCAUCUCAAGUCCUCUAGGAAGGGGUCCUCCGAUGGGCUCCUGUCCGCAAUGGACAAACACUUCGUUGCAGGAAAGCCGGCCUUCACUGUCUGGAUGACCAGCAAAUGGAAGUCCUUCAUGCACAGCACUGUCACCCCUCUGCAUCUUGCUGCUCGCUGCGGAUGGCCUGGGUCCUGCAUUCGCCACCUCGUGGCAAGGGAAGGCGCAGACAAGGUGGACACUCGGGACGAGAUGCUACGAACCGCACUAUCGUACGCCACGGAAGAAGGCCACGCCGAAGUUGUCAAUAUCCUUCUGGAGAACGGUGCAGAUGCCACGGCAAUCGACCACGAGGGCUACUCAAUACUGCACUACGCAUGCAUGAAAGACUAUCGUCACACAGGCUGGCCGAGUGUAGCCAAGCUCCUUCUGGACGCCGGUGCCGACCCUCUGAUUGCAAAGACCAAAUUCUCCGACUGCGACAUGAUGUACGGCCUGAACAGACUUCGUGAGACGCCACUUAGCUUGGCCUGCAAAAGCGGCAACACCGAGUUGUUCAAAUUAUUCCUACCACGAAUGACAAAGACAGAAGCGGACUUGUGUUUUCACAAGGCUGGCAACCCGCACCAUCUCGAAGAAAUCCUGAAGACUGGCCUCGUCAACGUCAACAGCUACAAGGGGGGCGAGAGCGCCAUGGCCAGGGCUAUGAAGCGGUUCGACCUAGAAUCCAUCAAGCUGCUUCUAAAAUAUGGAGCCGACGCCAAGUUGCGUAGCACAUCCGAGAUCACCCGCGCCAGUCUCAAUGACGAGAUCUCGACAGAGCUCAGUCUUCCCGACCGUGAAACUGGCCCCACGCUUCUCCAUAUAUUUGCUGGUUACGGGGGCGCCUCUACCAAACUAGGUGACGAGCGUGCGCCGCAAAUCCUUCAGCUCCUCCUGGACAACGGGGCAGACAUCAACGCCACCAUGGAUACCGAUAACACGUGGGGGUCGGGACUGACGCCACUCCAUUGUGCCGUCGCCGCGAAGCCUGAAUCUUUCUUGCUGGAUUGGGGCUUUGACGCCGAAGACUCGAAUGUGAAGUUCGUGGUUGCGCUUCUCUUGAACGCUGGCGCCAACCCAAACGCCAGAACCCAGAAAGGCAACACACCUCUCCAUUUAGUCACCGAUUACGGAGCCGGCGUGCUGGAUUAUCUUGUGCACCAUGGCGCCGACCUCGAGGCUAAGAAUCAAGAGGGGAGGUCUCCUCUUCUUCAGUCCAUCUUCACCUUUAACGCCGAAGAAAGCCAGGGCUUAUCAACGUUGAAUAAGCUAGUCGACCUCGGAGCCGAUAUCAACACUGUUGACAAUGGUGGCCACACAGUCCUGGACGCGUUCGUACAUAAACUUUGGAGUUUUACGAGCCCGGAGGGUAUCGCGUUCUUCCAGAAGCUAGUCCGUUCCGGGGCUGACGUUAAAAAUGUUUCCCUUAUGAAGCACCCAUCUGCUGGGGCCUGGUGGUACGGCAGGCCUGUCGACGACGAGCCCAUCAUCAAGGCCAUGAUUGAUGAGGGGUUAGACAUCAACUUGGCCGACGAGCGGGGCGAGACUAUUCUGCACGCGGUACUGCGGUCGCGCAAUGUGGAAAUCUCGAUGGUCGAGAAAUACAUACGUCUAGGUGCUGACCCUACCGUGCGCACACUUUCUGGGUCCACGCUUUUCCAUGCCUGUUCGCAGGUCUCAGCGAACUGGACCAAGUUCCUGAUGUCGCUUGGCGCUGACCCGUUGGUGCCCGAUGAGGACGGCAACACCCUUAUUCACCUCCUCAUCUCUCGGCAUGCGGACGAGGCUGCGCGGGUCGACGGGGAGGUUGAGUCCCUUGUCAAGGCUGGAAUCGACCCCAAAGCAAGUAACUCUAGGGGCGCGACGGUCCUUCAUCUGGCGACCAGCGCGGAAAGCCUAGGCUACAUCCUCAGGUCUCCGUGGUUCGCAGGUCUCUCGGUCUCGGACGCCGACGCUCAGGGCGAAACGCCGCUGCACGUUGCGGCGGGGGCCGGCGACACUAAGCUUGGCUUCAGGCCCGGCAACCUCAUGGUCAAGAUGCUGCUCGACAGGGGCGCCAACCCUGACGUGCUGACCCACAAGGGUCUCUCUCCCCUGCACUACGCCGCAAGGCCGGGCCGGUCCAAUGCUGUGUUGCUCCUCCUGUCUUGGUACAAGAACCACGGCGUUCUCGAACGACACCUGAACCUGUGCGACAAGCGCGGUGGCUGGGGAUACACGCCGCUCCAAUAUGCAUGUUCUUCCGGCGACGCUGAGAGCGUCCGGUGUCUUCUCUCGUUCGGAGCCGAUCCCUCCAUCCCCACUGCCCGCGGACUCUCUCCGCUCCAUACGGCAGUUAGCCUGCAUCCCGAACUCGCGAUUGAUCCUUUGAAAGAUCGUGCUGGCUCAAAGCCGCUCCCUCCCAAGCUGGCGGACGAGCUGGAAACCAGGCGGAAGCGGAGCCAAGAAUGGCGCCGUGGAAACGAGAGACGAUUUUAUGGGCGAGAUAGGCGAAGCAUCCCCAUCGAGUCCCUCCCAUACACGGCCGACGUUAUUGAGCUCCUUGCAGAUUCAGGGGCAGACCUGCAUGCCACUUUCCAGAGCAAGGACGGGCGGCUUCUCACGCCAAUGGACCUGGCGGUUGAGGCGGGCAACUGGGUGAUGGUCAGGGCGCUGGCCGCUCGAGGAGUGGUCCCUUCGAGUGACGGACACGCGGCCGCAUUCGGGGCUGCCACUCAUCCAGCGAGAGUUGGAGAGCUGGCAAAGGCGCUACUGCAGGACCUAGAAAAUUCGGAGCCCUACGACAAAUACGGCUCGUGGAAGGAAGUGGACGGGACGGUGGAUGAUAUUAUCGCAGAUGGUGACUACGGCGUCAUCAAAGAGUUUUCUCGGCUCAGGGGCGGGGUCUUUCUGGACAAGGAGAAGGACGUCAAUGUCUUUGAGAAGAUUGUGCGCUUUGGAAACACGGCCCUUCUCGAGUAUUUCGCAACCGAGGUCGCCGCCUUUGAGAGCGAGCGGCGGGCGAGGCGGAAAGGCAGGGCUUGGAAAACACUGCUCGGACACGCCUGUGAGCGAGAGCUACCCAGCCUUCACAUUGUCAAGACUCUCGUCGAGACCAUCAAGGUUGAUGUCAACGCCAAGUUCAACAAUAAGAGCGAUGACACACCCGAGACAUCCGAGACGUCCAGCAUUAGCACCCCAUCCGAGACCGGAUCUGAGGCCGGGGAUGGGCCCGAGGUCGGGAUCUCGACAGCACUCCACGUGCUCACUUUGGGCAAUUCUUUAUGGAAGGUGGAGGCCCUCGCUUAUCUUUUAGAUCACGGGGCCGACAUCGAAGCGCGCGGCGAAAACAAGACCCCUCUUCUUUCCGCACUCACAGGCUCCGGCUACGCCGCGGAGAUUGUCAGACUGCUGCUUGAUCGCGGCGCCGAUAUACACGCAAUCAUUCCGGGCGCCUCGAAGGACAGUCGCGACGUGACGAGCCUCGACCUGGCACAAGAUGCCGCAACAAUCAAGUUGUUCCUCAACCAUGGGAUGCCCGUUCCGGUGCAGGGUUCCGUUUUGCUGGACGCGGUGGAGCGGCUGGAUAUAGAUGUCGUCAGGUUGCUACUGGAGGUCGGAUGCGACCCAAAUUAUCUCCCUGAUUUUCGACCUCGGCACUGUCUACACGAGGCAUCGCGAAGUCUGGGGUACGCCUUUGGCCUCUCUCGGACUGUGGUCAAGACGCGACAGGGAGAGAUUGUCAGCCUGCUGCUACAAAAUGGCGCGGACCCGGCAGCUCAGUACGCUGACGGCACCUCCAUCGUUCACUCUGUCAUCGAGAACCGCGCCAUCAGCCUCCCUCUUCUCGACUCGCCCAACCUCGACCUGAACCUGCAGAGCGGCCCGCGAAACCGCUCACUAUUGAUAUCGGCAUGUGCCCCGAGGCUCAAGCCGAUUGGGAAAUACGAUGAACUCUGGUCCGGAAAUGCCACGGAGCUGUCCACCAGAGCCGUGGCCACCAUGCACGCCCUGCUCGACCGCGGCGCCGACCCCCUGCUCACCGAUUCCGAAGGUAGGACUGCGCUGCACUGGUUCAGCACCAUCCCGAGCAGCGCCCUGGACGAAGACCACAAGGCCGCCUUCGCGGCCCUCGUCCAGCGGAGCGGGCCCGCCGCCAUCCGCGCGGGCGACAGCGAGGGCGCCAAGCCGCUGCAGCUCGCCGUAGCGGCGCACAACGCCUGGACGAUGCGGCACCUCGUGUCGGCCGCCGGCGUCGGCGCGGACCCGGCCCUGUUUGGCGCUGCGGUAGGCGGGAAUACGGCGCUGCACCACGUCGCGGCGCAGCUCACGGGCGAGAGAACGGGCGCCGAGGCCGCGGCCGAGCUUCUCACCCAGCUCGUCUCCCACACCGCCGGCGGCGGUCUCGACGUCAACGCCCGCAACGCCCGCGGCGACACGCCAGUGCUGGUCCUGGCCGCCACGGGCUGGCGCGGGUCCGAGCCCCCGCGCGGCGUGACGGACAUCUCGCCGCGGGACUACGCCAAGAAGCACGACGUUGGGUACGGGCCGGGGAUCGGGCAGCUGGCCGGGCUCGGGGCGGACCUGCGCGUCGUCAACGACGCCGGGCAGGGCAUGCUGCACCUGCUGGCCGGGCGGCGCAUCGACUGCGACUGCGCGGACCAGGUCUACCACGUCGAGCGUGCCUUCAAGCAGCUUCUAGAGCUCGGGCUGGACCCGCGCGUCGAGGACGGCGAGAUGAGGACGGCCAUCGACCUCGCCGUCGCGCGGGGGCGGCACGGGAUCCGGAGUUUGUUUAGUGAGGAGGGGAAGGGGAUGUCGGACUGGGAGGAGGGCAGUGAUGACGAGGGGUAAAUGCCGACGAGGGACAUUUGUUUUUCAGCCUUUUCUGCUUGUUUCGCAACGAACAUGCUUCGGUAGUCUGGGUCACUGAGCAUUUUCCUGUGUAAAUUCCAUACUAUGCAACUGUCACAGGCCAUGUAUCCAAUGGUAUAUCGUGCCAAGAUCCCAUCAUUCCUAAUCCUCAGCUGACCCACAUCUCUCCUAGUAGACGUAUACAAACUCGUCGUUCUGCC